AACAACAGCAGUAAUUCAUGAUGUUUUCGCCGAAGAAUGGUUGUCAAUCUUUAUUCAGUAUCAACCUAUAACUAGUACGUAAAGCAAAUAUUGUUAGUCUUCAAUCCUAAAAGCUCAACAUUUAUCGAGGGUUAAGAAAGAGGAGCAGAACUCAUCGUACAUGGAAAGAUCUAGAUUGCCGCGAUACAUUUGCGCAACACUAGCGGUAGUGUUACCGCUAGUGUUGUGCAUGGUCGUAGAAGGAGCAACAACAUCCAAGAAUGAUAACCAAGGAGAAGCAAUAGGGUAUGGCUACCAAGUGAAGAAUGCUAAAGUUGAUAACUCAACUGGAAAAUCAUUGACUGCUUUGCUGCAGCUUAUUCGUAACUCCCCUGUCUAUGGGCCUGACAUUCAGUUUCUUAGCUUCACUGCUAGCUUUGAGGAAGACGACACUUUGAGAAUUCGGAUCACCGAUGCAAACAAUCGUCGAUGGGAAGUCCCCAACGAGGUCCUCCCUCGACCACCACCUCCACCAUCUCCGCCACCACUUUCCUCCCUUCAACACCUCCCCAAUCCAAUCCCACAAAACCAACCCACCACCACAGUCCUUUCACACCCUCAUUCCGACCUCGUUUUCACUCUCUUACACACCACUCCCUUUGGUUUCACCAUAUAUCGUAAAUCCACCCAUGACGUCCUUUUCGACGCCACUCCUAUCCCAUCCAACCCCACCACCUUCCUUAUUUACAAGGACCAAUACCUCCAACUCUCCUCUUCUCUUCCAGCCCAACAGGCCCACCUCUAUGGGCUUGGGGAGCACACCAAACCCACCUUCCAACUGGCACAUAACCAGAUUCUCACUCUGUGGAAUGCUGACAUUGCUAGCUUCAAUAGGGACCUUAACUUGUAUGGAUCCCACCCUUUUUACAUGGAUGUUCGAUCUUCGCCGAUGGUGGGUUCCACUCAUGGGGUGUUUCUGUUGAAUAGCAAUGGGAUGGAUGUUGAAUAUACUGGUGAUAGAAUUACUUACAGGGUAAUUGGGGGCAUUAUUGACCUCUACAUCUUUGCUGGACGUACACCAGAGAUGGUUGUGGAUCAGUAUACUAAACUCAUCGGUCGGCCAGCUCCAAUGCCUUAUUGGGCUUUUGGUUUUCAUCAAUGUCGUUGGGGCUAUCGUGAUGUAAAUGAGAUCGAGACAGUGGUAGACAAGUAUGCAGAAGCUAGAAUACCUCUGGAAGUAAUGUGGACAGACAUUGAUUAUAUGGAUGCCUUUAAAGAUUUCACUCUAGAUCCUGUACAUUUUCCACUAGACAAGAUGCAGCAAUUUGUGACAAAACUCCACAGGAAUGGCCAAAGAUAUGUUCCAAUCUUGGAUCCUGGGAUCAACACAAAUAAGUCGUAUGGAACUUUUAUCAGAGGGAUGCAAUCUAAUGUCUUUAUCAAGCGCAAUGGUAAUCCAUACCUGGGUUCUGUUUGGCCAGGACCAGUUUACUACCCUGAUUUUUUGGAUCCUGCUGCUCGGAGUUUCUGGGUUGACGAGAUCAAGCGUUUCCGCGAUAUUCUUCCGAUUGAUGGCAUUUGGAUAGAUAUGAAUGAAGCUUCAAAUUUUAUUACUUCCGCACCUACCCCUGGUUCUACGCUUGACAAUCCACCAUAUAAGAUCAAUAAUUCUGGAGGCCGUGUACCAAUAAAUAGCAAGACUAUUCCAGCAACAGCUAUGCAUUAUGGUAAUGUUACAGAAUACAAUGCCCAUAAUCUAUAUGGGUUUCUUGAAUCUCAAGCCACCCGAGAAGCACUCGUUAGAACCAGCAACGAGAGGCCAUUUCUACUUUCAAGGUCAACGUUUGCUGGGUCUGGGAAGUACACUGCACAUUGGACUGGAGAUAAUGCUGCAAGAUGGGAUGACCUGCAAUACUCAAUUCCAACUAUGCUGAACUUUGGACUUUUUGGGAUGCCAAUGAUUGGAGCAGAUAUAUGUGGUUUUGCUGAGAGUACAACAGAAGAGCUUUGUCGCCGAUGGAUACAGCUCGGCGCCUUCUAUCCCUUUUCAAGGGACCAUUCAGCUCGCGAUACUACUCAUCAGGAGCUCUAUCUAUGGGAAUCUGUCGCUGCUUCAGCGAGGACAGUAUUGGGACUCCGCUACCAACUCCUCCCCUAUUACUACACAUUGAUGUACGACGCAAACUUAAGAGGAAUCCCUAUCGCCCGACCUCUUUUCUUUACUUUUCCGGAUGAUGUCGCAACUUACGGAAUUAGCUCCCAGUUCCUCAUUGGCAGAGGAAUCAUGGUUUCACCUGUUCUGCAACCUGGAGCAGUAUCUGUCAAUGCAUACUUCCCUAGAGGAAACUGGUUCAGUCUUUUCAACUACACUUCUUCAGUGAGUGUCUCUGCAGGAACUUAUGUGAGCCUCAGUGCACCCCCUGAUCACAUCAAUGUUCACAUCCACGAAGGUAAUAUUGUGGCUAUGCAAGGAGAAGCUAUGACAACUCAAGCUGCACGAAGCACACCGUUCCAUCUCUUGGUGGUUAUGAGUGAUCAUGUAGCCAGCACCGGGGAGCUUUUCUUGGACAACGGAAUUGAAAUGGAUAUUGGGGGACCUGGAGGAAAAUGGACUUUGGUAAGGUUUUUUGCAGAAUCAGGGAUAAACAAUUUGACAAUCUCGUCAGAAGUGGUAAAUAGAGGAUAUGCAAUGAGCCAGAGAUGGGUCAUGGAUAAGAUAACCAUUUUAGGUUUGAAAAGAAGAGUGAGGAUAAAGGAGUAUACAGUACAGAAGGAUGCUGGAGCAAUAAAGGUCAAAGGAUUGGGACGGAGGACAAGUUCUCACAACCAAGGGGGUUUUGUUGUGUCAGUGAUUUCAGAUUUAAGGCAGCUUGUGGGACAAGCAUUCAAAUUGGAGCUGGAGUUUGAAGGGGCAACAAGAUAGAGGAAACCUACAACGGUCCUUGGAGUUUUUCUGAUUUUGUGUGUGUUCAAAUAAAUAACGGAUUACCAAAUCCAUAAUUUGUGUUUAGUAUUAUGUAAUACAAAUAGUGACCAUGAUGGCAUAUCAUUUGAGUUCCGAGCUGAAUGUUACUCCCUUUAACUUUUCUGAUUUUGUGUAAGUAUAAAUAAAUAACAGAUUACCAUAAUGUUGUGUUUAGUAUUAUGCAAUACAAAUAGUGAUGACGAUGGCCUAUGAUUUGAA